AUGGCUACUUCGGCUGGUGAGGCGGCCCAGCCUCAGCCUGCGGCUGGAGAUGAUGGAGGGGCGAGCCCAGGGGGCGCGUCCGUGGGAGCGCCCGCGGCUACGCCGCCCUCGGCGCAAGCUGUGACCCCAGAGAUCGUCUUGGGGCGUUUGGCAGAAGCUGUCUCUCAGCUAGCUGCAGCCAGUGGGUCGUCUGGUAGCAGUCCUUGGAAAGAGAGCAAGUGGAUCAAGAGCCCAGAGGUUUUCAGUGCUAAGACCUUAGAUGAGGAGGUUGCUCUUUGGCCCGAUUGGUCCUUCAGCUUCCGGAACUUCAUGGCAGUUCAAGAUGAUGAAUAUAGGGCUGAUUUUGAGAAAGCCGAGACUGCAACGAUGUGGGUUUCCUUUGAGGAUUAUAGUCCGGCUUUGCGAGCGCGUUCUUUGAGAUUGUAUUCGGUGCUGGCCUCCUACUUGAAGGGCCGUGCUUUGAAGAUCUUGAGAUCAGUGGCAAGUGGCGAUGGCUUUAGGGUCUGGCGGCAGUUGGCAGAAGAAUUGCAGCCAUCGUCCCGACCCCGGACGCUGGCUUUAGCACAGGCCCUCACCAAGUUCCCACCUCUUCGAGAUGGCGGUUCAGUCUUAGAGUAUGCUCUCACGUUCGAAAAACUGGUCUCGGAGUACGAAAAGGCCUCCUCCAAGACCUACCCAGACGAUUUAAAGAUAGGGACCCUCCUCAGUGGCCUACCCCAAGAUGUGAAGCGCUACUUGCAGUUGCAGAUAGAUGAUUCAACAACUUAUCAGAAGCUGAGGGGCAUCUUGCUGCAGUUUGAGCGCACUUCAACAACUUGGAGCACGGAGUAUGUCAUGAAAGCCAUAGGCCUCGAUAAGAACUCGUACCCAGGAGAUGGACAAGGUCUUGCCCCAAUGGACGUGGACCGCGUCGAGAAAGGCAAAGCAAAGGGAAAGGACACCAAGGGCAAGGGCCGUGGCGACAAAGGAAAGGGGUUUAAGGGCUACAAGGGGUACUACCAGACCGGCAAGGGCAAACCUGGUUUUGGCAAGGGCUUUCAGUUCGGUGGCUUCGGAAAAGGCAACCAGGACAAAGGCAAGGGCUACAAGGGCAAGUGGGCCCAUGAAGGCGGCAAGCAGGGCAAGAAAGGUGGAGCUGUUAAGGGUCCUUGCUUUGUGUGUGGUCGCAUGGGUCACCGAGCAGCUGAGUGCAGAGAUCGCCGCGUGAACCAAGUUGAAGACGAUAAUGCCUCUGUGAGCACUAGGGCUUCCUCAAGUACUACCCGAACGGCAUCCUCAACAACAACACCCUCAACAACAACCUCUUCCCCAGCCAAGGUUUGCCGCAUGGAGCUGGACACGUGGCCGCUGAUCGAGGAGCUCCCAGACGACGAUGGUGACAACACUGGGGCUUGGCAUAGCACUGCUUUGGUUUCGGAGGUUGACUUUUACGAGGGUGAAGAAGCUUGGGAUGAGUAUGGCUGGUGGGAUGAAUCCGAAAUUCCUGCUGAAGCCUAUGAGUACAUCAGGGCAGUCAGUGCGUGUGAUGGUUGGUACAGUGACUCUAGCGCUGAGUUUGAAGAGGUAGACUUUGCAAGCGUCGAGUGCUUUGAGCUAGAGUGUGAGCUUCCUUCCACCAGCACGCUUUGCUUUGAGCUUGAUCGUGACAGCAGCGGAGAUGAGUUUUUCCGAGAGUGCAGUUCUGAAUGCGACUGUGAAGUUCGUGCGGUGUGCUGCCCUACGGACCCUUCCGAGCCCUGUGAAGUCAUCUUGGAUUCAGGUGCUGAUGUCACUGUGCUUCCAGCGCAUCUCUUCAGCACCGUCGGUGUGGCGGAGAAGCAGACUACUCGGCUCUUGGAUGCCCAAGGCACGCCGAUUCCGCAGAUGUCGAAGAGAGCCAAUGUUUCCUUUGUGGUGCAAGGGCUUGAUGGUCGAGAGAUUGUUUUCCGAGAUCGAGCGGUACUAGCAAAUGUUCGGCAACCUUUGUUAUGCGCUGGUAAGCUGUUUCGCGGUGGCUGGUAUCCGAAAGCUAGUUCUACAGAAGACGGCGUCAUGGUGAUGUGCAAAGGCGAUCAAGAGUUUCCCCUCCACUUUGCCCGAAAUUCUGUUGCAGCCACCAUGCGUAUUCUGAGGACUGAAGAAGCUUGUGUACGCGUGGUGAUUGAGGUGAGCGAUGAGUUCUUAGCUGGACUCAAGCGGCAAGGCUGGCAAGUGACUUCGGGAUCAACGCCCACACAUGUGCAGUGGAACUCUACAGUGACUGCAGACCCCAGCCAGCUUUAUGACCCCGAGAUCCUGCCUCUUCGUACCACGUUGGUGCACAAAGGGGAGAACAGGUUUGAGAUUUUCGAGUGCGGUGAGAAUUGGGAGUUGAAGCCUGUGGUGGAUAUAGGGUGCCAGCCGACUAGGAUCGUGACCUUGUUGACUCAGAACGCCUUGGCUGCCACUGACCUGGGAAAAGUUGUUGCUGACCCUCAAUCCCCUCUGGUUCCCAGGUUACCUGCUGCGUCUCAAGAAGAAGCUGCCGAACCUGGAGAAGCAGAUGAGGGAGUUCAACAGCCAGGCGCGCCCGUGGGCGGACCGGAGAUGCAAGAAGUGCCAUUGGAAGGCGAGGUGGUGAAGGUAGGUGACAAGGAGUUUCGUGAAACCUCUAGCCUUCGUGAUCUUCGCUGGGCGUGCCGCUACUUGAAGCUUCCGCAGAGUGGUGCUAAGAGUUUGUUGUGGACGCGUUUGCAGAAAGAGAUUGCACUCAACAAGCUCAAGUCAGCUGUGCAAGCAAGUGAUGCAGUCAUAGCAGAGUACACCCCUGAUGUCAAUCACGGCCCUCUUCCUCAACGCCCCGACGCUCAAACCGUUAUGCUUCACGAGCUGACUCACCUCCCUCGGGCCGAUUGGUGUGAGAGCUGCCAAGCUGCCCUUUCGAGGGAGGAUCCGCAUCCAGAGGUUGAGCCGAAGAGAGAAGUGCCUGUUAUCUCGGUAGACUGGAUGUUCAAUAGGACAGGAGAAACUGAGAAUGAUGAGCACCCCUUGACGACUCAGUUGGUGGCAGUGUGCCACACUACAAAGUACGUGGUCUGUGUGCCGGUUCGUUCUAAAGCAGCUGAGGACAACAAACCGGCCGUAGAAGAGCUGGUCAAGAUGGCUUCGAUCCUCGGCUUUGACCAGGUCACCCUUAGAGGGGACAGCGAGCCUUCAAUGAAGAAACUUUUGCAGAUGGUGCAGAUGGCUAGGACACGGUUGGGGUUAAAGACUGAGAUUGAGACGGCAAACCCCGACUCCAGUGAACAUCAGGGAUUGAGAGCAGAGCGCUACAUAGAUAAAGUUCGCCGCCUUGGUCUUUGCCUCUUGCACACCGUGUCUGCCAAUUCGAAAGUCGAGUUGAAAUCGAGCCACCCGUUGUACCAGUGGAGCUUCAGACAUGCAGCCUUCUUACUGACGCGUUACCAUGUUCACACAGAUGGGGUCACUUCGUUCGAGUUGGUCCAUGGGCGAAAGUUCGAUGCAAAGAUUGCAGCGUUUGGGUCGGUCGUCUUUUGCCAACUGUUACCCAAGCCGAAGACGAAAGGGAUUCCAUGGGAGAAGUGUGUGUACCUCGGCCGUUCCUCAAUGGGUUCUUUGAGCAUCGUCUCUUCCAGCAAGGGCAUAGGGUAUGCACGGACAGUUCGGAGAGCAGCUGAAGUAUAUCAAGCGGAUGCUUUGCUGGCAAUGCGCGGUGUUCCUUGGAAUCCUUUGCAAGAUGUAGUCACCAUGCGUGUUCCUCGGGGCCCCCGAGUACGGGUUCCGUUGCUUGUUGAUGCAGCACCUUCUGCUGCACCACCCGGGGACGAAGCGGCCAGUGAUCCUCCAACCUCGGCGACUUCAGAAGCACCUGCAGGCAGCCCCGGGGAGAGCAUCUUAGAUGGGUUGAGUGGAGCUGCCAGCAACAGCUCACACGAGCUCAUCCCAGCCGACAUGGAGGUUGGAAGGGUUGAGUGGUUUCCCGUUCGUGUGGUAGAUGCAGAAAAGCCGCAUGGACACGAAGAUGACAUUGUGGUGUGUGACCCUGAAGAGAGUUUGGAGCUGCAGUGCGACGAGGGCUUUGCAAGUGAAGAGGAAGGCGUUCCCGAAACUUCUGACGGUGAGAGAGGUGACGCAGGGAUGCCUUGGGAAGGCCGUGAGUAUGUAGAGGGACCCCCAGAACUCGAAGCUCAGGCUUUGGCUGACCUUGACAAGCAGAUGGAGCUCAAGGAGCUCGACCGCCUCCUUGGCAUGACAGUGCUGAGACCGAUGAAUGGAGAGCAAGAUAGAGAAGGGAAAGUGCGUCUUCAAUGCAAGUAUGUGCUGGACUGGCGAUAUAGGAAUGGUUGGUUGCGUCGUGCACGGCUUGUUGCAAAAGAAUACCGGUUUCUCGAGCCCUCGCUGACGGACCUGUAUAGUCCUGCUUCGGUGUCCUGUAGCCACAAACUACUUGCGUGUUUGGCUGCAGGGAACAGCUCACUGGAGCUGCUGAGCGUCGACAUUACCGACGCUUACUUGCAAGUGAGACAGAGGCGGCCCACGUACAUCCAGACCCACAUCGGCGACCUAGAACUCCUUUACAAUCUACCCGGUCAGAGAGCAGGGGCAAAAGAUUGGUUCACCCACCUCCUCGGGAUCCUAAAGAACAAAGGCCUCAACAGCUUCAUCGGCAACCCCUCUCUGUUCUGCGUAGAGCAAAAGUUGGCGCUGAACAGCCAUGUCGAUGAUAUGCAAAUUCUAGGACCCAAGGGUGCGCCCAUGCAAUUGGCCAGUGACCUCAAGGCUGAAGGCUUGAAGUUGAAAGUGGAUGGCCCCGUUGACUUGGGUAGUGGCUGUUCCCAUUUCUUGAAGAAGAAGUUCCAAGGGCUCGGUGACGCCAUUGAGGUGACCCAGGAUACAAAGUAUGCAGAAAGGCUUCAGUCAAUCUUGGGUUUGGAAAAAGCUCACGGCAAGCAAAAUCCGAGUCCACCCAAGAUUCCCGCGCCAGGGCAAGGAGCGAGCUUAGACUCCGAGCACCUCCACCUCUAUAAGCGGUGCGUGGGUAUCCUCAUGUACAUGAGUGCUGAGAGACCGGACUUGCAGUACAUGGUGAAGGUGUUGUCUUCGAGGAAUAGUUCCCCUACCGUUGAGGACUUUGGUCUGUUGCGUCAUGUCGUGAAGUACCUCAAGUUACACCCAGUGAUCCCGAUUAGGUUGGAAAAGACCAAGCCAGGGAAGACCUUGAAGCAGAAGUGGGACGGUGUAGAUCCUGAUGAACCCGAAGAUCCCAACAUGCCGUUUGGAGCACACCAUGUGUUGGAGGUAGUGACUGACGCAGAUUGGGGAAGCCAAGCCUUCUCAGAUCGGAGAUCGAUAUCUUCGUUCUGCAUAUUCCUCAACGGCAACCUGUGUCACGCAGGUAACAAAGUGCAGAAGACGAUCAGCCUCAGUUCUGCCGAGUCCGAGCUGAUGGCCACCUUGCUUGGACUCUCGGAGGGAAUAUUCCUUAAGCACAUGUUGCAGUUUUUGGUUGGUUCCCAAGCUACGGUAAAGUUGGUGCACAUGGUCGACAAUGCGGCUACCCGAAGUAUUCUUCAACGCCAAGGUCUAGGAAGAACUCGACACAUCAGCUUAGGGUACUUGUGGGCGCAGAAAGCGCUCAACGAAGGAGUGUAUGAAACGAAGGCCAUUCCAACCAAAGAUUGCCCAGCUGAUUUGCAGACGAAGCCGCAUCCGCGUACCAGGAUGAAUCAUCUCAUGAGCCUCAUGGGUCUCGGCAUUAACCACAGUGUGACGGUGAACCAAGUUAGUGCCACGCCAAUCGCGACCAACAUGGGAGCCGGUCAAAUCCUUAGAGCUUUAGCGCUUUUGCUCGAGGGGGGAGUUGUGACCGGCCAGUUUGCGCAGAUGAGCGGCCAUGCUUCGAGUACGACUUCGGGGUUUGAGUUCCUGUUCGGCCUGAGUGUGCAGAAGCUUCACUUCGCAAUGUUCUUUGUGAUGAUGGUGUGCAUGAUCGGACUGGUGAUUUACAUGGCUCCCAAGAGGCGCUGGAAUCGCGAGUCCACCGCCUCCAGCGACAACAUGAACCAAGUGCGAGAUCGAGUACAUCAGUGGUUCUCCCGAGAGUUGGGAAUCAUUGAGGAUGGCAUCGCUAACCAUGGCGAGCCCGGUGGCAUAUGUGAAGACACAAGUUGGAGGGCGAGUCAGCCCUCAAGUUCUACAGCGCGCGAUGGUGGAGAUGAGCGUUGGCUUCUUUGUCCUUUUGAAGGUGCACACGGCAGUGACAACGAAGGGGGAGCCAACGAAGCCUACACACAGAGCUACUACUACGACGGCGAGGAGCAGGAGGAGCACAACGUCGAGAACGAGGUCCAGGACGUUCCUCAUGAUCCUCGCGGUGAUCCUGAGGACAAGGUUUACAUCAUCGGCGAGCCGAAGCGCGGCAAGAGUUACCACAAGGUCUCGUGUGGAAACGUGGUGCGUUGGAUGAGUCACCUCCCAUCCAAUGUCAAGAAGAUCGACCGCCAGGUUGCAGUGAACAAGCAGCUCAAAGCCUGCAAGCAGUGCAAGCCGUGA